AUGGAAGCGGUGAGGCCUGACUCACCGAGGUCUUUGGAUCGAGCACAAGCUGGUAGCCCGGACUCCUUCAAAGUCGAGUACGAUCGGGUUGCAUCUCCACGACUGCCGCCGAACAGGAGACGGCCUUUUUCUGCAAGAGGCAGGCCAGCUCGUGCUCCGGAGCAAUGGGAAGAAAUUCUGGAUUUGGUGCCGGCUCCACCUCCUCCUCCCGUUCUGGGUGGCGUGCGCACUUUUGACCAGUGCCCAUCAGAUGAGGUUCAGCUCAAGUGGAACAAGGAGAUGCUCCAGCGAGCCGACUGGACGAUACGGCGCCUGAAGUUGGACAUGAAGACACAGCAGGUGAAGUACAAGAGCUUGUUGGUACCACCAGGACAGUACAUCUCCUCUGCGCGCUUUCAGCUUGGCCGUGAAGCUGCAUUCUUGAGGUUCUGGCCGAAUGGGCUCUAUGGGAAUGCAACCAAGAAAGCUCGGGUGCGAAUGGACUUGGGCGGACUGGAUGCUGAUUCAUGGUGCGCCGUUGGCCUGUCAAUGCCGGAGGGCACCAAGCUUCGAUUUCGAUUGCAUGUGGGACAUGUCUGGUCGGAGGUCAGAGUUUGCCAGUGGCAAGCAACUGGAGCGACAGUUCAUCAGAUAUGGACGCCUCCGCAACAGGAGCCAGGAGAGUUAUCGAACUUGGUGGUGGGUGUAGAGGUCCUGCAAGACCUCACGACAGAUUCCUUACCAGGCAUGAUGUCAUCACCGUGGUUGAGCUCCCCACGGUUCCAAAGAUUGCCAAAUGUUGACAACGACCCUGUCAGACACUUGAGCAAUAGACAGAAGACCCUGCAGAAGACGAAGGAGGGCGUGCCGGUGCUCAAGGCCAUGCGGACAGACCGUGGGUUGGCAUUGCCAUCGCCCAGAUUUGGAUCUGCCCUCGAGUUACUUCGCAGCUCCUCUCGAUGCCGGAUGGCCCCUGCAUGA